CUCGAGCAGCAGUGGAGCCUUUGAUCCAAAUCUCGGCGCGCUACCGACUCGCUGCUACACCGUGUGCUUCUGGAGCCAUCCAGCGUGCCAGUGCGCGGUACACGACGUGAGCGUCCACUGUACGGGACACGGGCCUGCGACUCGUCGCCGACAGCGCCAAGCCGCGCCUUUCGCGCGACCUGACAGGGCCUGAUGAGCGGCGGCUCCGACCGCGCCUCCUUCUCCUGCUGCCGCCGCUGCAGCUGCACGAUCGCCCUCCGACGCGCGACCAGCGCUCAAUGAAAUGUCCAGAAGGACUGGCUCCUACCGCACCGGCGGCGGCGGUGGUGCGUCUCGUUAUGGUGGCUCCGGAAAUUACUCCGCCAACUGCACGUCGCCUCGGAGCUCCACCUACGGCUCGCCAUCGUACGGUGGCAGCGGUCGCUACAGCGGCACUCGCACACCGAGUUUGAGCGUCUACAGUCCAAGUUACAAGGCAUCGAGCUCUGGUUACGGCUCUGAUUACGGCCGCAAGAGCAGCCGACCAAGCUCGGGAUACGGCUCGGGAUACGGGUCUGGUUAUGGGUCGGACUACGGGAAAAGUCCCACCGCUGGGUACACAUCCGACUACGGGCGGUCGGGUGGCUAUGGGUCAGACUACGGUAGCCGCAACAGUGGCUACGCAUCGGACUACAACAGGUCAAGCACGCUGCCGCGACCAGGCAGCACCUACGGCCGGCAGUCUUCGCAUCAGGGUGCACCGGGGCCGACGCCCGGCAGUGGCAGUUACAGCACCUAUCGGCGUCCAUCGUCUGGGGGCAACAGCGUGGCCAACGCUGUCAAGUUGUUCGGAAGCCUAGCUCUUCGCGAGGAGGGGGGCGCCUCCAAGCCGCCGGUGUCGCGGAGCUACUCAGUCAAGUCCAAGGAGAACACAGCACAAGCGCCAUUCCGCAUGCCAUCUCGAGAAGAGUCCAAAAGCUUCGUCAAUGUGCCCGCGAGAUCCGAUGAAGAACAGCCAGACACGGCUGAAGUUAAGGCGACCAACGAUGCCAACCUGGCCAAAUCCGAAUCAAAGAGCGGCAAGCGUGGUCUGGCCCCGGCAGACUUCACUUCAACAUCCGACUCGGAGGAAAGCGACGACGACCAGAGUGGAGACGAGGAAAACCAGGCAGAAGGCGGCGUGAGUCGAAGCACCUCGGCGACCGACGCUGUGGGGGACAAUGGCCCGGCCCGGCGAGCCGCUGGUCUACAGGUGGACUCCGCCGACUCUUCAAGGUACAGCGGCCCGAAAAGAACGACGUCAUUUAAUUCUGCCAUACCAAGACAGAUAACCAGGAGGGGCAGUGCAGGGAGUCAUGCACUGUCCGCGAGGAGUCGAAGCAGCGCCUCUCUCGGUCCAUCAACAUCCCCGGCAAGGACACUGUUCCUGACAAAUUCAUGCUCCCGAAUUCCAGUGCUCAACGGAUCAACAGUGAAGAAGACGCCAAGCCCACCUAGGGCAGCGGCGAUUUCUUCCGCCACGAGCACCUCCUGCGAAGAGGAAUGCGAAACUGAACAAAAUAAGGACUUCAGAAAGUCUGUGCUCAACAUGAACCUUACGGAGGAAGAGAGAGAAAUGUACCUGUCGAGGCAACGAGAAGAACGUGAGAGAUGUAACCAUCACGGAGAAACGGAGUACAAAGCGGAGUCGAGCAACGCAACUGAGACGACCACGACAACGGAGACGUCUGAAGACGAAGACGCGGUCGACCUUUCAAGAUCAGCAUCGUCGUCUGUUGGGAGAAGCGGUUCAAAGUCAUUACUACCGGAGCCCGGGCUCCGCAAUAGUGGUUCGAAGACAAUUAUGGCCAGAAGCUCCUCACAGAACACACUACUCUCCAAGAAAGGGAGCAGAGACAACAUUUUGCAAAACUGCCAGAGCAAUGAUCGCCUCCACGACCGAUCUCGAAGCGCAUCGGGCGGAGAUCUGUUGGAAGCGACCACUACUACGGACGACGAAGAAGACGCGUCGGAGACCCGCAGCCGACGCGUGCGCCGGCCGCUUCGUCGCAAGGGUUCGAAGGAAAACAUGUUGGACGCGGAGCCAGUUGGAAGCGUUACAGCUGCGGUCAAGUACGACCGGCAAGAGUCGUCCAGCUCGGUUGCCUCAUCAAGCACAAGUUCGUCGGAGGCGGCCGAUACCCCGCAGUUGAGCGCCCCCCACGUUACCGUGUCUACUCACACGACGAGCGAAGGGGACGACGAAGACGAGGAUGAUGAGGAUGAGGAUGAAGACAAUGAAGACGAAGUCGCCAGUCUAGCGGUCACGCCCGUUCCAUCAGUUGAUCACUUGUCUCCAGAGCCUUCUGCGGCUGCUCCCGCGGAGGAUGAAGUCCCAGCGCAUGAGCACGACGAGGAGGCUGAAUCAUCUGACGAAAGCGAGAAGGAUGAGGAAGAUGAAGACGACGAGGAUAAGACUCUUGACUUUAGUGGGGAUGAAAAAGAAGUUGCGGUUCCUUUAUCAGACAACGAAAUUGGUGAUACAGCGAAAGAUAUAACCGCUGUUCGCCAAGACAAGGAAAUCGACAGCACUAGCGAGGAAGAGAUGUCCGAAGGCGAAACUAAGUGCGACGUCGAAGAAGCUGUAAGCACAUACAUUCCUGAAGGCGAAACUAAAGAAAUUAAAAGCGAAGCCGAGUCUGAAAAAUCUGAAAGAUCCGAAAUUGAAGAUGAAGAAGAGGACGAAGAAGAUAACGAGGAAGACGUUGAAGAAGAAGCUGAAGUGGAUGAAGAGGAAGAGGAAGUUGAAGAAGUUGUAGAAUUGAAAGGUGAAGAGCCCCGUGAUGAAGUGCAAGUACAGAAGCAAGAAGAAACAAGCAGCACUGAGGAUGAAGCCGAAGCAAAAACAACGUGCGAGGAAGUAGACGCCGUUGAUACUGAGCACACCGUAGAUAUAGAAUGUGUCAAAGAAGCUGAGGUGGAAGACAUACCGGAUAAAGGCGAUUUGGAGCGGCUCCGCGAGAAGGAGAAAACACCUGAACGAGCAAAGGAAAAAGAAAGUGAGGAAGAAGCUUCUGAAGUAAGUGAUGAAGAAGAAGAAAGUGACAAGGAAGUUGAUAGCGACAGUUCGAAAAGAAACGAAAAGGAAGACGUGCAAAAUAUUGGUGAACUUUCAGAGGAUGCCCAGCAAGACACUAAACAUGAAGUCAAAGAUGAAGAAACAUCAGGCGAAACAGAGGAAGAAAGUGAUGCCGAAAGCCAUGAAAAGCAGGAUGACAAUACUGUUUCGGUGCCAGAUGGCGACAAGCGGACAACUCCCGAACAAACUAAAGGUAACAAGAGAAACGAGGCAGAUGAAACAGAGGACAAGACAAAUCUGUCUAACGAAGCUUUUAUUCCCAGACCAGCGUCUCCGAUCUUCACUAGCAUAAAUAAGAAGCCCGAUUCCUUGCCCAGUGAGUUAUCCUCUUCAAGCACAUUCCCCGAUCGUUUUCGCAAGAUUGGAAAUGUUUCUCCUAGGCGCUCAAUAGACGUGGCCGCUAACGCAAGUAAGUCCGAAAUCAAUGCUGAGGGCAUGCACUCCCCUGAGAGGCGGCAGGAAAUAAGCUUAUCAUCGAGUUUCCCUAAACCGACGGUUUCAGAACCCUGCCAGCUUGCAAAGACUCCUUCGUCCCAAAGCGUCACAAGUCCGACACUGCUAAGCCCAGUGGUCACCAACAGGACAGCUGUGCCAUAUGUUAAGCAGCCAGUCGUCGAAGAAACACCCGCUGAAGAAAAGCAAAGCAUAUCUGCGACAUCCCCGUUGUCACCUUUCAGUCAUCCAAGCGUGAGUUCAGUGAACAGGCUGGCUUCCCAGUUUUCCGCUGCCCCUGCCGCAACCCAGUCGCCACCGGCGAGAAGAAGCAGGCCGGCACAUUCCGGGAUUCCUACACCAUCUGUCUGCACUGACUCAAAGACUGAUGAGAACAAAAGCCUGAGUGUAGCCCAACCGCAGACAGUUGUGACCCGCCGCCAGCGGCCCACCUCUUCAGCUCCAUCUAACCAGCAGAGUAGCGUCCCAACGUCAUCGUCGACUUCAGUGGCGCAGGCUUCGAUCUCAACGCCUAGAGUGCGGCCUGUGCCAGUACCGCCACCUGCUGCCGUGUCAUCAGCUCGAGUGAGGCCCGUUCCUGUGGCGCCACCUCCCGUGUCCUUGGUCCGGGUGUUCCCUGUGCCACCACCUCCGGAAUCAUCGGUGGCGCAACCUGCGGCAACGUCCGCGAAGGUGCAGUCAACCGCUAUGCCCGUUUCAACUCCACAGGAGAAAACACAUCUACCUGUUCGAACGAGGUCGGCAGCGCCAACGCAGUUCUUCCCAGCAGUACAAGAAAAGUCGCCCGCCUCUGCGAUUCCAGCGAAGUCAGAGGUGCACACACCGGCGAAGUUUAUGCCAACGCAAGAAAAAAUACAGGCACCUGCAACUCCCGCUAAGCCAGUUGUACAGACACCGACAACGUACCCUGCAGCUCAGCAGAGACCACUCCACGUCGCACCAACUCCACCAAAACCACCGAUAUUGUCACCCUCGGUUCCUGCAGUUCAAGACAAAAUACAAACUCAGCCAACUCUACCAAGAACUCUUCCGCUUCCAACACCUGCACAGCGGCCGACGUCGUUGGAUAUAGGAAAGGACAGCGCUACCAAGGCGCCAGCAGCAGACUCUUUUCUGCAAAGUUACAGGCGGUCGCGAGAGCUUAGCAAAAGUGAUUCGUCAGGACACGUGAAAAGCCCUUCUGUCCUCGCAGCGCAGCGGACAAUUAUUUCCGGAGAUGUGAAACAGGCAACGCCAGCGCCAGUAGAGAAGAAGGCAGCAGAAGUUCCUAAGGCUCCAUCCAUUGCGGCUCCUGCCAAACCCCCCAGUGAACCUUCUCUUCCAAAAACUAAAUUCCAGAAUUCAACAGAACAGACACGAACAGUGUUUGGAAUUCCUCCUCCAGGCAGAAGAUCAGUAGCUCCCGCAAAACCCGCAGAGACGAAGAAAAUCGAGCAAGAAGCGAGAAGGCAACCGGCGCCUUCAAGGCAUAACGACCAGGGGAAGAAUAGCCGAAAGCCGGUGACCAAAUUUAUAGGUUCCUGCAAGGACAUCGAUUCUCUUCUGAAAUACGGUAGUGACGAAGAGCCGGAAACGUUUGAACAGUUCGAAGACCAAUUCGAGAAAGGCGCCGUCAAAAAACCGUCGCUUCCCACGCAGUCAAAAAAGCUUUCUCCAGGGGACAGAGUGAAACAUUUCAUUGGGAAAUUCCAAGACAUUGACGAUAUGCUCGGCGCAGCAGCUGUGCCCGUUUUUCCGCUAAGCCCCAGUGAUCGCAGUCCAUUCGAACGCUCAUUCGCCGAAAGAUGGCCGAAGAAAACGCAGCAGGAUGACAGCGACUCCUCUGGUGAUUCGUCUCUGGAAGAGGUUAAGGUGUCGUCAGUGAAGGUACACGAGUCCAAGCAAGCAAUACGGCCUCGACUUGACGCAUAUACCGAAGAGAUCGACUCCAGUGCAGUUCGUAUCAGGGAGCCCAAAGUGAUGCAGGGACGAAUUACCAAAAGACCAACAAAAAAGUUGGACGACUGCACGCUGCAACUGUACAAGAUCAAUGCGACCGACAACGACUAUGGCAGCUACCUGGAUCUCGAGUCGACAAUCGACGAGCAGGGCGACGACUUCGAAGGAUUCCAGGACAACCGGAAGAAUGCAGUCCUGCUUCGCACCCAACUCUCCGUACGAGUUCAUGCGAUAAUCGAGAAGUUGCUCAACUCGACAGGACGAGAACUGCGACGGGCACUGUUCUCCCUCAAGCAAAUUUUUCAGGAUGACAAAGACCUGGUGCACGAGUUCGUGCAGAAUGACGGCCUCGCUUGCCUCAUCAAAGUGGGGUCCGAGUCAGACCAGAAUUACCAAAAUUACAUCCUUAGAGCUUUGGGGCAGGUUAUGCUCUACGUGGACGGCAUGAAUGGCGUCGUGGAGCACAACGAGACAAUCCAAUGGCUCUACUCUCUCAUUGCUUCCAAGUACCGCCUGGUGGUGAAGACAGCUUUGAAGCUUCUUCUUGUCUUUGUGGAGUACACAGAGAACAACAGUGCCCUUCUCAUGAAUGCCGUCAAUGUGGUUGACCAUGAAAGAGGUGCCAGACCAUGGUCCAACAUAAUGAUGUUGCUGAAUGAAAGGGACUCUGCAGACAUGGAGCUGUUGGUAUACUCCAUGACACUCAUCAACAAGACUCUCAAUGGUAUUCCUGACCAGGACACCUAUUACGAUAUUGUUGAUUCCUUAGAAGAGCAGGGAAUGGAACGACUUAUACAAUAUUAUAUGUCCAAGCAAGGCACCGACUUGGACCUGCUGCAGCAAUUCCGAAUAUAUGAGGCUGUUCUCAAGCACGAAGAUGGAGAUGGAGAUGGAAAAGCUCUGCCUCUUGAUGUUCGGCUAAGGCAAGUUCCUCGUAGUCGCAAGUCAAGUAGUAAUGAUGAAAAUGAGAGGCGGAAAAGCCGGCGCCACUCACUGGGAAACCUUGCGCCGAAUAGCACGAGUCCUUUCAAGCAGCGGCCUUCACCACUUGCCAAGACACCUGAAGCAACCAGCACAUUUCCACAAUGGAGGAGACGGGAUGUGAACCAAAAUGAAGAACCAGUAAAAACACCUGACCAUGGAAAGAAUGGAAUCGCUCACAAUGACGUUGAUACCCCGGAAAUAGAUGAUGUUGUAAAUGGCAUUACUCCUGCAUUGAGACGGCGGCGGGAGCGGGAUGCUCGUAAUCGUUGUCUUAUCAGAGAACAAGAGGAAAAUGGACGUGAUCAUCAGACAACUGUGUCACCACCAGUCCCAUCUCCACCUACAAACUUCACUGAAAAGCAGCCUCAGAAAGGGCCAUCUUUCAUUGAACGCACCCGCUCCCGUUUUGAAAGCCGCAUUGAAGAUGAAAAUAGAAAAAAUCAACAACUUUCUCAACAACAGCAGCAGCAACAACAGCAGUCACCUGCAACUCCUAACUUCUCCCCACUUCAGAGGCCUACGAAUCUGCAUGUGGAGCCACCAAAGACCUUCAAUGCCUGCCCAAACAAAUCGCCACAGCCCUACAUGAGUCCAACACAAAGGGACCCGGGCAAAAAAUCUUGGAUGCUGUCCAUGAUGUAUGGAAAAAACCAAGAAGAGGAAAAUUCGCGUGAGGAGGAGUUAGUUCGACCACCACAGCAGCUGAAAAAAGAUGGUCUGCGAGAGCUUCAAGAUCGUAUUAGUGGAAGGACAACAGACAGCCCAGCCACAGACAUCUCCACGGCUGGUGCUGUCAGUCGAGCAAAGGAAGGGCUUGCAGCAUCACGUUCACGGUCUGACUUCCGAUCACUACUUCCACAGACAAGCUCAUCUUCAAUUCCUGACUUGCUGUGGAAGGCUGACAAUGAUGUGCAGUGGGAACAGUUAGUGCGAUCCAUCAGGCGGCCUCUGCUCAUCAAUGAUCUUGAUUUCACAGACCUAAGGGAUGAUGAUGACACAGAUGUGCUCCAACCAAUGAACUGUGGUGCUGGCCAGCCACCACCACCGCCACCACCCACUGGGGGACUUCCUCCACCACCACCUCCAAUGGGAGGGCCACCUCCUCCCAUGGGAGGGCCACCACCCCCACCUCCACCAAUGGGGGGUCCUUCCUUUGGUGGGCCCCCGAAAGCUGCUCCACCAGCCCCAGCUGCUCCAUCAUGGCUGCAACAGCGGCAGCAGCAGCAGCAAGCGCAGCAGCAAGCUCUCAAUGCCCUUCCACCAAAGAGCAAAAAGACGGUGAAGCUUUUUUGGAAGGAAGUGAAGGUAGACCAGUCGAUGCUGUCAAAGAUGGCUAAGAAGAAGACCAUCUGGGAUGAACUCAAUAGGGUGCAUGUUGACACGCAGAAGCUGGAACACCUCUUUGAGAGCAGGGCCAAGGAAGUUCUGAACAGGGAGAAAAACCAAGAAGGGAAGAAGAAUGAGGUAAUAGUCCUUGAUGCGAAACGCUCCAAUGCCAUUAACAUUGGUAUGACCAAGCUUCCACCUCCAAGAACAAUCAAAACAGCUAUCCUAAAGAUGGACAGCACCAUUAUGAACAAAGAAGGCAUUGAGAAAAUAUUGACGACAAUGAUGCCAGGAGAAGACGAAAAGAACAAAAUCAUGGAAGCACAAAUGGCAAACCCUGAUGUUCCCCUUGGCAAUGCAGAACAAUUCUUACUGACGCUUGCUUCCAUUAGCGAACUUGAAGCUCGUCUCAGACUUUGGGCUUUCCGCUUGGAUUAUGAUGUAAUGGAGCGGGAAGUUGCCGAGCCACUAAUGGACUUAAAGCAAGCAAUGGAAGAAAUUGAAACGAACAAGACAUUUAGGGUUAUACUGGCCACAUUGUUAUCAAUAGGAAAUUUUCUGAAUGGUGCGGAGGUGAAGGGCUUUCAGAUUGACUACCUGGCCAAGGUUCCUGAAGUGAAAGACACUGUUCACAAGCACUCAUUGUUGCAUCAUUUGUGCCAUAUGGUCAUGGAAAAGCACCCAGACACCACUGACCUCUACUCCGAGAUUGGAGCUGUCACGAGGAGUUCUAAAGUUGACUAUGAUGAGGUUGCAAAAAAUUUGAGCAAAAUGGAAAGUGAUUGCAAGGCAUCAUGGGAGCACCUGAAAGUUAUUGCUAAGCAUGAUGGAUCAGCCAUGAAAGCCAAACUCUCUGAAUUCCUCAAUGAUUGUGCUGAAAGAAUAGUCAUUCUAGGCAUCAUUCAUCGGCGUGUUCAUAACAGAUUUCACAAGUUGCUGGUGUACUUGGGAUGCCCACCACACUCAAUUAGAGAAACCAAAGCACAGCAAGUAUGCAAAGUCAUCAGUGAAUUUGCACUGGAGUAUCGUACGACAAGAGAACGUGUCCAACAGCAAUUUGAGAAGAAGGCAAACCACCGGGAAAGGAACAAGACACGUGGAAAGAUGAUCACUGAGAUGGACAAGUUCAGGACAAAAGAGCAGCAAGCUGACCAAGAGUUGAGGCAGCUUCUUGGAAAUGGAACCUCUGAUGUUGAUGAACCCAAAGGAGGGAAAUGGGGAACUGUACCUGGCAUGCGCGCACGGCCAAGGAUACCGCAAGGCCCUGGAGGGACCCUUGGUCGGCACAGUACUCCAACAAGAGAUGACAACCUGACUGAUGCUGAUGAUGAGAUCUUAGAGAGCCUUGUCAAAACAGCCACAGCACAGCCAGCACGAAAUGAGCCUCGCAUUCGCAAGAAAGCUCGCUACGGUGAUAGAAAGUCACUUCGCCGUACCUUAAAGAGUGGGCUGGAUCUUUCCGAGGAUGAGCGACGUUCUUUGGCUGCAAUGUCAUCUUAGUGUAGUUCAUCCUUGGACCCUUAUAGUGGAAGAUGUUCAUGCCAAGCAGUACCGUUUAAGACUUCAGCAUGACAGAAUUUGGAAAAAAUAGCUGAUCUCAAGACGUGCUGUAGGCAGCUUUCUGUUGCCUUCUCUCCUUGGCACUGUAGUGGGGCAUGUUUCUGUCAUUCACUGUUAGAUUGGGAAUCUCACUUGUAAAGAGACUGUAAGGGAUAUUGUGAUCAGGUUAAAACAUGCAUUUUUAGUUUUUCGUUUGAGGCAUACAUUGACAAUAGUGCUGAAGUGACAGAAUCUGUGUGAUAUCAGCUUUUUUUAAUUCUGUGGUGCUCAAGUUGCAAGUCUGUUUAGAGUGUAGACAUGUGUGAUGUCUCAUUUUUCUACAAAGUGUUCUCAUGCAGAUUGCCUUCUUGGCCAUGCAUGAGUACUUUACUCUGAUGACACAUAGUCUGUAGGAUUUGUUUUUCUAUCACCGAUGUUUUUAGAAGCAGACAUGGAGAAUAUGUGAGAGCAUAUAGGCUAAGAAGCAAGUGGGACAUACUCUUGUGGUUCACCAAUCACUCCAUAUGUGAUGUCUUAGUUUCAGUGUAAAUAUGUUGUACUAUACUGAGUAGUCUAGUGAUUGCCAAGUUUCUUUCUCUCUACUUUGCUUCUACUUGCCAUAUCUCUAUAUUCUUGCCCUCCUAUUCUCCAAGACUGAAUGUUGAUGGGUUGUAAAAAUCAAACGCAACUCUAAACAAAGACAGCUCUUGUGUGGUUUGUUUACAGGCAUGACAUAUUUUGGCCAACAACAAGUGAAGUUACUUAAGCCAAGUGCAUUUUGUUAGCCAAUUUGUUUUUGUACAGUGAGAAAGGUUAUUUAUUUGUUUUUGUUCUGAAACCCCUGUGAUCUAUUUUCCAAGAAGUGUUUUCUCGCAGUUACUAUGUCAUGCAUCGACUGAUAGAUUUGUCUUGCAACGGCGACUGCCACUGUAGAAGCUGAGCUUGCAACUGAUUUGCGCCAAAGUGGCCACAGUAUAAACAUAUAGUAGGAGACAUUUGUGUUCCAUUUUACAUACACACCCACACAGAGAGAAGCUGUGGCUUUCCUAAGUCCUUUUGUUUGUUUACUGAAAUGUACAGUAUUAGGUUUUCUUCUGAUGACAAAAAUGUCAUUUUGCUUUGUCAAGGGCAAUUUUUCCUGUAACUUCAGUGCCAGUAGCAUUGCUUACUUCUUCUCAGAGCCUGGUGUGGUUCAAAGUCGUACUUGCAACAAGUACACAAAUUAUCUCAAACAUUCAUUAUGCUCUGAACAAUCGUUGCUCUGUUACUGUCUUAUUCUGCCAAAUAUUUUUUCUUGAGAAGUGCAUCUUUUGUUUAGUCCAAUUUGUUUUUCUUUUCUUCAUUAUGUGAGAUGUUAUGCAGGGUAAGCUUAAAGUACUAAGUCUAGGUAUAUGAAAGGGUAAAAGAAGUGUUGCUUCCCCUGUACACCUUCAGGACUCAGACAGUCUAAAGGUUUAUGAAAAAGAUUGUGACAUCUGCAAUAUUGCCAAAUAAAGAACACAUCUGCCAGUCUGA